UUCUCCAAUGCCGGUGACUUCGCGGGUGUGCUUUGUGAAGUUCCAGGAACCAGAGUCUGUGGGAGUGUCUCAGCAUCUAACCAACACUGUGUUUGUGGACAGAGCCCUGAUUGUGGUCCCUUUUGCAGAAGGUUUGUCUCAUUAUUAUGCCCCAUGUGUGCAUCUUUUUUGAUUGAAUGGCAUGACUCGGGAAUUGUGACAUUGAAAACAAAUUAAAAGGUUCCAUUAAUCCCCCAUCCCACUUUCUUUUUUAAAUUCACACUCCAGCUGACCUUGAUCUGUUUAUGCGCUUUUCAGAUUGCUUGAUUGAAAUUGAUUAGGCCAUUUCCUCAGUGACAAUAAAGCAGACAAAUUCAGUCAGAUUUUUGGUAUAGAGUGGAAGCCCGUUUUAUUUAUAUUUAUAUAUUUGUAUGAAUGAAAUUCAUUUUGAUUAAAAUCUUGAUCCAUUAGAUUUUUUGCUAUUUACUAAAAUAACAAUGUGCACUGCAUGUAUGAAGAACAGCAUACAGAAAUCUAUUUUACCCAAGGAUUUAAACAUUCCACAGCAGUGGGUGCUGAAGAAACCUCAAAGCUAAGAAGUAAAGUAAAAGAACACUUAACCCUUUGCACAUUAUUUUCGCCCCCCAUAUUGAACUAUCUACUGUUAAACCUUUCUCUGUUAUUUGUGUGUGUGUAUGUGUGUGUGUGUGUGAUUUUUGUAGUGAAGAAGGCAAAAGCAGCCCCCUCGUUGAUGGCUGAAAGUGGUCCUCUGCCUGCCAACAGGGAAUUGUAGACAUUUGCAAAGGCCAGCAAGCAUUCAAGCCCCACCCCUCUCUUUGUCCUCUAUUCUGUCUCUGCCUGGUCUUUCUCUGUCCCUCUUGUUUUAUUUAUAUAUUUUAUUUUUUCUAGGGGAUUUAGUUUCGAGUUUAUAGGUCAGAUAUGUGGGAUAUAAUUGAAACGGUCCUAUGAUGCAGUGUGUUUAAACACUCGAGUCCUGCUUGGCCAUUGUUCUUUCACAGCUAUUUUAUUUGUUUACAUAUUUUUUUAAAUGUCAACAAGUUCCAUGGCUUAAAAAUUACUAAAUGCGCUGGAGACUAAAAAUGUUACCGAUCACAUGCACCUUUUAUUCAGUUUCAGCAGCAAUUGUUGACAAUUAUAAGUUGCUCAGAUGUUUUGAGAAUGAACUCUACUUUUAUAAAAAUAUUUUUUACGACUUUUCUAUUUACAUGAUUAACAUUAAGCAAAAAGUGCUGAGAAAUGGUGUGGUUUUAUUUUUUGGGUCUUUUCAUGGAGUUUGUUGACAGUGAAAAGAAUAUUCUCAUUCACAGGGUGACUAAAUGAUUUUAAAAGUAGUUAUUUUGUUCUGGUAACAGAAUACUAUGGAAAAGGACAGAAUAUUAGCGCCCAGGUGAAUAAGAUAAAUAACCUGGUUUUCAUAUUAGUAUCACUCAAGUUUGUACUUAACAAAGGGAAACAAUUUUUAAUAAUUAUAAGAUGUCUGACAUAGUAGAUGCCCAGAAUAUUAAACUUAUUCUUGUCACAAAAAAGAUGCCACCCAACAUGAAACAAUGUUGGUACCAUAUUCUCUUUAACAGUGGUCUUCUUUUUGUUGUUGUGUUUUACAGUUCUUUUUCCUGGCUCAGCCAGUCCUGUAUACAAGGCCCUGCUGAAAAUACCAUCCCAACAGUUUUGUGUCCUGCAGUAAUUUCUCUCUCCAGUGUGCUCUUGUAUUUUAAUGUUGUCACUGUUGUGUGUCCAUACACAGGUCAUGUCAUUUUGUGAAUAAGUUGCAUUGGGACUAAAAGUGAGAUUAUUAUAAGGUGUUAAAUUUGAGUUAUUUUGUUGAAAAAAAAAAUCUGGGAGCACUGUAUAUUAAAGCUAAAGAUUAUUGAUUUUAAAUUGGACUAGUAACAAAUAUGAAUCAUAUCCUAUGUGAGGGUGUGGUUAGUUGAUGCAGUGUGAGGUAAGGAUUUUAUGCCAAUGCUGUACAGCAAGCACUCUACCUACCCUGAAUUUUAUUACCUCUAAGCAUAUAACCACUUAAUCCUCUGAAAUGUGUUUUUGGUAAGUAGACACUGAUAGCUUGUUUAGUGUUCUUGCCAAAUCCCUAAAAUUCUCUUUGUUGUUUGUAUCUUGAUUUUUCUCUGUGUGCUUUUAGUAGCGAAGCCGCCAGCGUGAGUCGCUUGUUUCAGUAAACAUCUAAAUGAAAAUUGAGGGCACACCCAACUGGAGAAGCAGCUGUGCUUGCUAACGUUUGGUUCAUGACUUAAAAAACACAUUCAGGAUCUAUUCCAGAUGAGGCUAAAGCUUUGUCCCUGUUGGCCCCAGCAAAUGCUGUUGCAGGAAUUCUGCCCGGAGGAGGCCUUCUGCCAACACCGAAUCCAAUCUCCAAUCCAGCUCUUGGAGCAAACCCCUUUGGUGGUCCAAACAUGGAUGCAAUGGCUGCAUUUGGAUUCCCUGGACCCAAUAUGAACCCCCAGGCUGCUGAUCAGCUUUUAAAGAUGAUGACAGAUCCGAAACUGAAUCCCUUGGCUGCUGGUUUAAACCUGAGUGCAAGCUUGAAGGCUGAUGCAUCUAAUAAAGAGAUCGAGGAGGCCAUGAAGAGAGUCAGAGAGGCACAGUCGCUCAUUUCAGCUGCUAUUGAGCCUGGGCAUAAAGAGAGCAAAAAGAAGCACUCCCGGUCUCGGUCCAGAUCUAGAAGGAGGAGGUCCAGAUCCCGUUCAAGACACAGUCGCAGACGAACAAGGAGUAGAUCAAGGCGCAGAUCAAGCUCGAGAAACAGAAAGCGCUCUAGAAGCCCACGCAGGAGGGCUCAUUCCAGAGACAGAAGCAGGCGCACUCGAAGCAGAUCCAGAGAUAGAAAGAAAGAUGAUGUGGGGAGAAGAAGAUCCAAAACGCCACCUAAAAGCUACAGCACUGCCAGAAGGUCGCGUAGUGCGAGUCGGAGACACAGGAAAAGUCGCAGCAGCAGCCGAUCUCCUAAAAAGUCUCCUAAAAGGAAAGUCUCUGCAUCUCCAUCUCCUCGAAGACACAAGAAAGAAAAGAAGAGAGAAAAGGAGAGGGACAGGGAUCGUAGGAGUGAUAAAGAUCGCAGCCGUGAAGAACGCGAGCGCUCCACCAGCAAGAAAAAGAAAAGCAAAGACAAAGAACGGGAGCGUGAAAGGAAAUCAGAUGGAGAGAAGGGAGACGUGAAGAUAACCAGAGAUUAUGAUGAGGAAGAACAAGGAUAUGACAGCGAGAAGGAGAGGGAAGACAGGAAGGACUCAGAUGACUCUGCUUUGUCUCCUCAGUCGGUAGAAGGUAACGGCUCAGCGCGGCUCCUGAAGCAGGCCAAAGUUAACGGUGCAGACGAUCAUCACGAAGAAGACAUGGAUGUCAGCGACUGAGUCAUCAGCCCUGCUUUGUCCAGCAUUAUCCCUCCACUUUGGUUGUCAACAUGCUAAAAAAGUUUCUUCCCAUUGGGGUAAAUUUAAAAUGUGAAGUGUUUGAAAAUUCUCAGUUUAUCGUACAGAAGACAGGUCUGCUCUUUGCAAAUGUACAGUGCAGAAUUGUUUGCCUUUUUUUUUUUCUUUUGUCAUUAAGAAUUCUUUUGCUCUUUGUCACCACUGAUGCAAUUGGUUAAAACUGGAAGUAGGCUUGCUUGGCUCCUAUUUCUGUUUAUCAGAUUUUGUCACUUCAUGUUGUCUUUUCAUUUUUGUUUAGUGUUGAGGUGUAACUCUCAGGCCUCUUUCCUCUCCUUCACAGAACAGUUGCAUCUUGCUUCUUAUCUGGAAGUGUUUUAUCAAUGAUUUCUUUUAUAUAAUAAAAUCUGUUUGAAGAGUGGAA